ACUUGUUUAAUUAAUUCUCUCCUUUCUGUGAUGAUGGUGCUCCAAUAUUCCAGGGCUCUCACCACUUUCCUUCUUUUCCUCUCUUUGGUUUGGCUGUUAAGGCUAUUUAAAAGAUCCAAAGGUCAGAAAUUGCCCCCGGGGCCGUGGAAGUUACCUCUUAUAGGAAACUUGCACAACUUUGUAGGAUCAUCUCUACCACACCGUGCUCUCAGAGAACUAGCCAGGAAACAUGGACCUCUCAUGCACCUUCAACUGGGUAAAGUUUCUGCACUUGUGGUAUCAUCCCCCAAGAUGGCCAGCAAGUUCAUGAAAACGCAUGACCUUGCCUUUGCAUCGAGGCCACUAUUUCUCGCCCCUAAAAUUAUGACCUACGGUGGCUCAGACAUUGGCUUUUCUCCAUAUUGUGAUUACUGGAGGCAAAUGAAAAAAGUCUGCGUGCUGGAACUCUUAAGUGCCAAGAGGGUCCAAUCCUUCUCUUCUCUUCGAGAAGAAGAAGUUCAUAAUCUCAUUGAGUCCAUCCACUCAUCUUCAGGGUCUCCAAUCGAUUUAAGUCAACAUAUUUUCACUUCGACGACUACUAUUUUAUGUAGAGCAGCAUUUGGUAGCAAAUACAAAGAUCAAGAUGCAUUUCUGUCAUUGACGAAACUACUUCCUUGUGGGACGAAAGCUAAGCUAGGGAAGAUUCAUGGGAAGAUUGACAAGAUCUUGGAGAACAUCAUCCAUGAGCACAAGGAGAACCAGAAGAGUGCAUCAACAGAGCAGGAAGAUCUUGUUGACGUCCUUUUAGGCCUUCAGAAAAGUGGUACACUUGAGUUCCCAAUCACAACAAACAACAUCAAGGGCGUCAUUUUGAUCAUUCGUAUCUAA